AUGGGGAGACUUACACGUAUUUUACAUGGGGAGACGUACAUGAUGAUUCGGGAUGAUCAUGGAAGGGAUUCAGAUUUUAUAACUGAAUUUCUCAACAAUUUGAGUCCACCAGGAUCACCUCCAUUUAAGCUAGACCUUAAAGUUGGAUGUCCCAUUAUGUUGUUGAGAAAUCUGGCACCGAAAGAAGGCCUUUGUAAUGGUACAAUACUGGUGGUGACGAGGUGCGGACGACACGUGAUUAAAGCUAAAAUCAUAACUGGAGAAAAAGCUGGUGAAGUAGUAUUCAUCCCAAGAAUAACUUUUCAACCUUUAGCUUCAGAGCUAAACACACAAAUGGAAAGACGUCAAUUUCCCAUACGCGUUGCAUAUGCGAUGACUAUUAACAAAUCACAGGGACAAUCGGUGAAGAAUGUGGGAAUUUAUUUACGUACUCAAGUAUUUAGCCAUGGUCAGCUAUAUGUCGCAUUGUCCAGGUGUACUGCUGCAAGGAGAAUCACUUUAUUGUUUCCAAAUGAAUCAAAUGUGUCAAAAGAUCCGUUAACAAAAAAUGUAGUGUAUCCUGAAGUAUUAUUGUAG